UGGACAGGUGGUGCUUGGGCCAAUCAUCGCUGCUUCAGCUAUAUUUUCCCUUGUUCUCUAUAUCCUAUUUGCUAUUUUUUUUCUGGCUAAUGUAGCAGUAGGUAAUAGGGGUUGCACAGACUAGUCGACUUUAAUGCUCUGCCAUGACGCAUUAAGCUUAACGUUGACUAGUCGCUGAUCAUGUGAUUUUGACACUAACAACAUGGCGGACUUACAGAAGACAACAGGUGAGGAGCCCAGUGGGUCAUUGCAGCAAAGCCGCAGUGGUACAUCAAGUGUGUGGAAAUACUUCACUAAAGAUGAAACCUGUACAACUGUCACAUGCAAAAUAUGCAUUUCCGUCCUUAAGUACAACAAAAGUACAAGUGCAAUGCACACUCAUCUGAAAAGGCAUCCGCUAACUCUAGGUGAGGAACGAUGCAAAUCAUCUCGACAGCAGUCAAUUAGCGACUUCACCAAACGUCCUGCUGUGACAGAGAAAAGACGGCAGCAAAUCACCAAUAUGCUGGUGAAUUUUAUUGUCUAAGACAUUCGACCAUUAGCUGCAGUGCACGGAGAAGGUUUUAGAGAAUUACUGCACUUUUUUUGAACCUGGCUAUGAUCUCCCAUCUUACAACACACUGUGGAACACUAUCAAACACCAGUACGACAGCCUGCGUGAAAAUAUUGUGAAGGAGAUGAGAGGUCCGAGUGUGUCACUAACAACUGACUUGUGGACAUCCUCCACCAUGGAGCCGUACAUUACGGUAACAACUCACUACAUCACGGACACAUGGAAGCUGAAGGCCCGAGUACUGUGUACAUCUAUAAUGCCAGAGAGACAUACUGCAGUCAACAUUGCUGACCGUCUGUCUGAAAUAAUCAAGGAAAGGGGCAUAGUUGUGUUUUGCACAGUCCACGAUAAUGCCAGUAACAUGAACUUAGCCAUGGAGCUAUGUGAAAUGUUUCCCAAAGAUCUGGGUUGCACCGGGCACACCCUACAACUAGCAAUAAAAACUGGCUUAGUCUUACGUGACGUUGCGAAGGCUAUUGUUGCAGCAAGGAGAUUUGUCGGCCACUUUCGCCACUCAGCAUUGGCCACUUGUGCCCUGAAGAAAUGGCAGGAACAACCUGGCAUAAGAGCCUACAAACUCCAGACUGACUGUACGGUCCGAUGGAAAUUCAUAUUCGUAAUGCUCCAGCGGCUGUUCGAGGAAAGGAUUGCGGUGCAAUCUGUGCUCGCAGAUGAAACAGUCACCAAACCAGCCGUCCAAAAGUCACUUGCAAUGAGAGCAUCACAGUGGGAGCUGCUGGAACAGCUGAUUCCAGUGCUGCAACCUUUGGACAAGGCCACUGAAAUAAUGUGUGGUGAGUUGCAUGUGGGACUGUCUUUCAUCUUUCCAGUCAUUUUCAACAUGAUUAGCACCACUCUGCAUGUCGAAGCAUCUGACCUGACAGCUGUACGUGCCUUUAAGAACACGGUUCGACAGCAGUUGGAAACACGGGAGUCCGACGAUCUGACAGAAUCCAUCUCCACAGUGGCCCGUAUGCUCGAUCCCCGGUUUAAACAUCUUAAUUUCAUCCCAGAGAGUAAAAGAGACUCCGCCCAGAGCCACCUGAACAGCCUGCUCCAGGAUGAGGGAGAGCCGCUUGCAGAAAAAGGUGAGGAUGUACACAGCGAGGACACAGUUGAUAACGAAGGUGAGCCAGUAACUGGGAAAAAGGCCUGACUUGAGCAAGAUUUUGAGCAGUUUUUUGGGCCACACUAUCACAGUGGGCGGAAACUGGGACACCACUCCAUAGCAGCCGAAGAAGUCAGUGAAUAUUUAUUAACAACACCACAUAUUCCCACCAUGGAAAACCCCCUGCAGUGGUGGGCCCGCAACCAGGACAAAUUCCCCUUUUGGCCAAGCUUUGCAAAAGCUACCUGGCUGUCCCAGCUACCAGCACCCCAAGCGAGAUCAUUUUUUCACUGGCUGGAAAUACCAUCACCCGACAGCGGGCGAGCCUCCAUCCAGCCCAUGUCGAUGCCCUCAUCUUCUUACACACAAACCAGGAUCGAAAAGCAAAAACUGUGACUGA